AUGGACGAUAGCACUCUUCAAAAACCAAAUGUUUAUAACAGAUACCUGCCCUUCUACGAUUCAAUUCAACGUCAAGCUUAUGCAGAAUUCGACGAGAUUCGUAUGCACCUCUCACGUAUUAUUCAACUGCGUGAAAUACGACCAGGUUUUUCAGUUUGGUCUUCCAAAUUGCAACAAUUCAUCUCACUUUACGGCUACCAUUUUACUAAAUCCGAUCAUCUCAAAUUGAUCGAUUUUUAUCUUUCCAUACUUUCCGCUGACAACUUAAGUUUAAUAGAUGUCCGCAUAUGUUUCAAUCUACUCGAAGUACUCUUGAAUGGCAUCGAACAGUCGUUUUUCAAUUGCAUACGCUGUUGUCGUUUCUACUUUUCGGCAACGGCUACUCAGGAAAUCUUAGAUGAAUUUCGUCCAUGGCUUUGUCCAUUCGAUUCGGCUUUCGGCGAUGCAAUGUAUUUUUUCGAUUGGUUCCUACCAGUUAAUUUACCGCCUAAUUUGCAUAAUCAAGGAUUCAAAGAAAGCAAAGCAGAUCGCAUUUGGCAAUUUAAGCCACUUCAAUCGUAUCGAUUAACGGAACAGGACAUCACUGAUUUUGUGAACUGUGCCGAAGAAUAUGUCUUCAUUUCCAUUUUCAACAAAACUUAUCAGGAAGAUGCAGCAAAGGCGUUUCGACAUCUGGCCAUGCUUCGACCAGAACUGGUCGUGCCAGCUAUUGUCGAACAACUCUUUUCAUCCGUCAACAGCAUAAAUGAGCCACAUCGUUUCACAUCGAGUUUGAGUUGUCUGACAGGCAUCACACGCCAAAUCGUUCAACAAACACUGAAUUUUCCUCAGGGUCAAACAUAUGUCUUACCCUUGCUGAUAUCUGUUUUGUCUGGUAUUGAUUCAAAUGAUUUCGAUAAGACAAGCAAGACUUUUCAAUUUCUAAAAGCCAUUCUCAUGCUCAUUACUUGUGUCGAUUGCUCAUCAGCAAUCAAUAUUCCAAACGAUCUCACUGAGGUCGAAAAAGAAGUGUGCUUAUUGACGGCCCAAUUCGAAGAUUUCAUCAUUGAAUUUCUUAAUCGAACAUUUCAAAUGGUCGAUAGUCUCUCGACUGAAGUGUUCGAUGGUUGGGUAGCGACAACUGCGAACGAUGUCAAUACUGAGAUAGAACUCACACCAGUGAUCCCCGGCAUCAUUGAACAGUGCAGUAGUAAAAUCUUUCAAGUGGUUCAAGAAAAGAUCAUAAACUUUCUUGCCGCUUCAUCAUUUACACCAAGAGUUAGCAAAUUACUCACUGAUCUGGUUCAGCCGAUUCUCGAGGCUAAUCCAAUUGAAACACUCAAGUAUAUCAUGCCACAAACAUGCGAACGCAUUGAAAAAAUAAUGCAUGAUUCCGAAGCAACCAUACUUACAGAUCACAAGGGUGAUAUGGAGCUCACCUGGUGUUUAAUUCUCUUCUCCAAACUUCUCCAAGCUCGUGGCGAUACUUUGCUCGUCUACAAAUCGAUGAUUUCAUCCGUCUUUCAUCGAUGUAUUCAUAUCAUUCAUAAGAAAUCAUAUGAAGCUAUUGCCAAUGCAGCAAAAAACUUGCUCAAAUCCUUUUCGUAUGUCUAUCCAAUCGAUUAUAGGUUGACAGUGGAAAACAUCGAUGGACCAUUUAGUGACUUUUUGCCUAUUCGAGUAAGUCUUUUUUGUUUUCAAAAAGAGAAAGUAACAAUCAGUUCAGGUAUGGGGUCAACAUGCGGAAUUUGA